ACCAAAACGGCCCGCCCUUACGCCCAGUGGAAACUCGACCUUUGGGAGCGACAUACUAACCAGCAGCAAACGAUCGUCCACCAUCGCCGACGAUUACUUCCUUCAACCUCCCAAGGAGACUUUGACAAGUGGGAAGACGUCAAUCACCAUCAAGAUGCCUACCGAAGCCGGCCACAGAUUAUACGUCAAGGGACGCCACCUGAGCUACCAGCGUAGCCGUCACACCAACCGUCCCGAGACCAGCUUGAUCAAGAUCGAGGGUGUUGACGACACCAACGCCGCCAACUUCUACCUCGGCAAGAAGGUCGCAUACGUUUACCGGGCGCAGAAGGAGGUCCGCGGUACCAAGAUCCGGGUCAUCUGGGGCAAGGUCACCAGGCCUCACGGCAACUCGGGCGUCGUCCGCGCCAAGUUCACCACCCCUCUCCCUACACGAUCUUUCGGUGCUUCCGUCCGCAUCAUGCUUUACCCCUCGUCGAUAUAAGUCAUUUUCCUUCGGAGUUGAACGGAACGGAUAUCAAUGGUUGCAUUGUGGUUUAGGUCAUGGAUUUGAGGCGCUUCUAUUCUCGUAUUCUGCUAUUUUGGCGCUUGCUCAUCAAAGCAAUCGAUCGAACGGCUGUUACGACAUUUCACGACUUGCAACACAGCGGUGAUUUGCCUUAUGCCGUUCGAAAGAGAUUGAGAGAUGGGCCCCUGGUGGCAGGUGCGAUUUGCUUUGGGGCAUAGAUUCAGUGGGGGAAAAUGGUGAUACGCAGCAAUCAAGAUGGCGGAUCUUCACCAAGGAGGCUCACACCACUCGAGCCGGCGGCAUCAACAAAUUCAUGAUGAUGGUGUUUUGCGGGACAGGGCAAUGAAUCCAAGUCGUUAAUGACCACGCCCACUACUUUGUGGUUGCAUCUCAAGUCUUCGUUCACUUACUCAAAAUGUUCACGUUAGGCUGCAUUCGCAGGGCACAGGAAUUACCAUUUUUGCGCCGAUCGGCUUCGCAGCAUAGCUGUAGGUCUCUUGAGCAUGUCUUGAUGGACAUAUUUGGAUCGGUUGAGGACUGGCUAUGCUGCAGCUGGUGAAUGGCACUCCUAUCACUGACAACUGGCCUUCAUAUUUUUUUAUUUUCUUUUUGCGGAAAGCCAGGAUCGUGCUACUUCACAGCCGCCCCGUUGUACUUCCGAGGCUUUGACUCGGCUGUCAAGGACUAUGCCAAGGUUUAACAGCUCAGCUUUCUUUUCCUGAUCACCUGGUUCACCAGAGUAUCAGCUGUUGGGCGUGGUGAUGCUCACCUCGAGCGAAUCAUGAUGCUGGUAGUAUCUGUGAGAUUUAUGUAGCCUUAUCUACACUGGAUUGUAGUGGCUUUGAGCAACUCAGGAGUCCACCGGUACUCAUAUGCACGGUAAAAAUAUAGUUUAGGGUGGAUGAUGAGGAAGGGGGUAGGCUUGUUUAGUAUUAGGCGUCUACGAUGUCUGCAACGCCCGCCAUCGGUGUGCGGGCGGUAUACCUGAAUCAUAUGUCCCGAUCAUUGUACGAAAGUCGGCGUGCUAGAGAAAAUACCCGACGUUAUCUACAUACUGCACCGGUAAGUAAUUACGGUGUAGGCAGUCUUGGUUUUACCGACACUGUGUCUAGACAAUCAUGCGGGAAAAGUUAUCAACCCGCUUCCGUUCUUAUCAC